AUGGACGUCGGGUGCGGUGGUUCUGGCGCCAUUUCGAUGCCCGCGGCUGACCCCCUGGCAAGCGAGUAUCUCGCCCACUACAUUCCAACUCCUACCACCAACAACCAAGCGGAAUACGACGGUCUGAUCGAAGCAUUGCGGUUGGCGAGCACCCAAGGUUUUGACUCGCUUCGGGUGUGUGGCGACAGUCACCUACUUCUGCAACAAAUGCGCGGCCUGAACCGCAUCCGACACCCAGGCCUCCGCAAACAGUACAUGCAGGCCCGCGAACUGUCUUCCCAGUUCCACUGUGAGUUCCAUCACCGCACGCGAGACAAAAAUCAGGUAGCCGACUUCCUCUCCAAACUGGCGCCGGAUUCCGCAUGCGAUUUUGGAACCCGACCGGACGUGAAGCCUCUCGCGCUAACUCACAUCCCCACCCUACAUUGA